AAUAAGGUUAAAUUGACUAUAACCAUGAGUUAUAACGAUUAUAUAGGGCAUUAUUUAACUCAACUAUUAUUGAGUGUGCCUGCAGAAAAGCUUGUGGAAUAUCCCGAAGAUGGAGGAGAUUUUAAAUCCAUAAUACUGCCAAUAGUUGUCAUACUACGAGGUGAAUCAUCUCUACUCAUAAGACAAGAAGAGUAUUCCAACUUAUUAUUUAGUGAAGAAAGUUAUGAGCUAUUAAGUCAAUAUCCUCAAAAUGGAUUGAAAAGUACACUUGGAGCUUAUUUGGAUCAUAUUUCUCAUAGGUUUGUAUCAUACUUUGGUACUGAAGAAUUAGCUAUUUGUCAUCUUCAUAUUAUUGCUAUAGCUUUGUUACAAACAUUUGUUCAAUUAAAUUUUACAGGUCCUAAUAUUACUUAUAGUUCUAAGGAAGUAUUCUUUCCUCAUUGUGAUGAAAAUCAAUUACAAUUGGAUGCUGUCAAGCUUUUAAACUUACAGGGUCAACCAGCAUAUGAUUUAAUUAAUAAUCCCAUUUUUUUAAUAAUUGCUCAACUUUUAUUAGAAAAGUUAGUCGGUCUUGAUGAGAAAUAUUCAUUUAUAGAAUCUCCAAUCGAUACCGAUUAUGAUGCAUUCACUGAAUCCAUUACUUCUUUAACUAAAACUAAUAGUAAUAAUCCAUUGAAGGCAUCAAUUCAAUGGUGGAUGGUUAGAUGUCUUCAAAUUCAUUUAUCAGUCUUAUCUGAACCUCCUAGUAUGCCACUUACCGCAUCUUCAUUAUUAUUAAAUCCUAAUGUUUUAAGUACUUUGAGUCCUAAACUGAACUCUAAUCUUCAGAGAUAUAUUCAAAUUUUGUAUAUCUUAGAAUAUGCUAGAUUAUAUAUCCAUUCUAGUACAGAAAAUCUUGCUAUUUCAUACCUUAUAAAGGCUAGAAAAUUAUCAGAAUUAUCAUUCUUAUUGACGGGUGCUAAGGCAAAACGUACAAAAUUUCAAACUACUCAUAAUUCUGCCUUAAUUAUAUUAGCUAAGAGUAAAAUUGAAAAUAUCUAUGAAUCUCAAGAACAAAGUUCUAAUCCUGAAAGUUAUAAUCUUGGUGAUGAUUUAUUACUUGAAAAGCCCGAAUUUGAAUCUCUUGAUAAUCUUGAACUUCCAGAUCUGUCUGAUAGGAAAAGAAUUAGAUUAGAUUAUGGUGAUGAUGAAGCUGAUCAAGAAGAGAAAUUAGUUCCUGUUGUUACUAAACUGGAUGAUAUUCCUGAAGAAUUGAAAUCUUUAGAUCCAAAUGAACAACCAAGUCUUAAUGAUUUAGACAGUCUUCAACUUUUAUUGAUUUUAACAAUUGUUAAGCAAACUUCACCAUCAAAUGAUCCUCUAGUUCAACAAGAGUUAUUUGCUAUUGUUUCUAGACUAGUUUAUUCCAGUUCAAACAAAACAAAUUGGAGUAUAUUUUCUAGAUCCCUUUGGGAACGUUCUUUACUUGAAACCAAUAAAUCAAGAACCCUUGAAAGAGGUAUUUUACAAAUGACUUCUUUGGUGGAAGAAAUUGGUAUCAAUAUAAAGUCAAGAAUAAUUCCUCAAGCUGAAAACAAUGAACAAAGUUCACCAGCUGUCAGAUUAAGAUUCAUCCAUCAAUUACCUUUGAUGCCACAAUGGACUAUGGAUUCUAAAUUGGCUGAAAAGUAUAUGUCUUUAGGAGUAAUUAAAUCUGCCUUGGAUAUUUAUGAAAGAUUACACUUGUACUGUGAAGCCGCCUUAUGUUAUGCUGCCAUUGACAAUGAAAAGGAAGCUGAAAAGAUUUUAGUUAAUCGUAUUAGUAACCAUCCAGAUGAUUGUCGAGCCAUUUCUAUAUUAGGUGAUAUCAGAAGUGAUCCAUCUUUAUGGGAAGAAGCUUGGAGUAAAGGUAGAUAUUCCAAGGCAAAGUCUUCAUUAUCAAGAUACUAUUAUGCUCCUCCACCACAAUCUGGACUUUCUAAAGAUCUUACUUUGGCUAUAAAACAUAUGCAUGAUUGUUUAAUAGCUAAUCCUCUUAAUUAUGAAAACUGGUUCUUUUAUGGUUGUUGUGGUUUAGAAUCUGGUCAAUUUGAGCUUGCUUCUGAAGCGUUUACUAGAUGUGUUUCAUUGGAUGAUAUGAACUCACAUGCCUGGUCCAAUUUAGCUAGUGCAUUGCUUAGAUUGGAUAGACUUCGUCCUGCUUUUAAUGCUUUAAAGAAAGCACUUAGAAGUGCAAAUGAACAAAAGAAAUCAUGGAAGAUCUAUGAGAAUUUCAUUAUUGUUGCUACUAAAUUGAAUGAAUGGAAUGAUGUAUUAAAUGCAACAAAAGAAGUUAUUCAACUUAGAAAAGAUUCAGAUGGUGAAGGGUCCAUUGAUAUCCCUGUCAUUGAAAAAUUGGUUGAAAUUUUAGUCUCUACAGAAUAUCCAACUGGAGAAGAUGCCCAAUUAACCCAUUACCAAAACUCUUGUAUACAAUUAGUUUGUAAUUUAUUACCCCUGGUAAUCAAUUCUUCUUCUAGAUGCUGGAGAAUAGUAUCCAGAGUUGAAUUAUGGAGGAAAAGACCAUGGGCUGCUUUAGAGUGUCAUGAAAAGGCAUACAGAGCAUUAGCUCAAAAGCCAGAUUUGGAAUUCCAAGAAAGUGCUUGGAAUGAUGCUGUUGAAGCUUGUUCUGAUUUGGUUAGUGCUUAUGAAUCAUUUGGUGAGUUACCUGGUAAACAUGGAGCAGGGGAUGUUGUAUGUUCUGAUUGGAAAUAUAAAGCUAAAUCUUCUAUAAGAGGAUUAAAAUCCAAAGGUAAAGCUAUGUGGGAAGACUCAGAUGGUUGGAAUAAAUUACAAGAGUUAAUGGAAGAUUUAACCAACAACUAGAAUAUUAUAUAAAUUAAUGUACUAUAUAUGUAUAUAUAAAACAAUUUAGAUUAUCCAAAAUUUACAUCGUUAAUCACACUUAAAGUAUCAAACAUAAGAGAUGUA